AUGCUAAACCACAACCUAACCACAAAGCAAACCCCACCAGCCGGCCUCCCAGUCCACAAACUCUACAUCUACAAAGCAGUCGACAUAACCCACGAGUACUACCUAGCCAUAACCUUCGACCGACGCCGCAGCUCCCCAAUCAUCCUAAUUUCCGAUUCCGGCGGCGUAGACAUCGAAACCAGCGACAGACUGCACCAGCUAUGGUUCCAGCUUGAGACUGGCAUCACGCCAGAAAUCGACGCCUAUAUCCAGGCUGAGCUGGGAUUCUCGGACUCAGAGAUGAAGGUCAUUCACAAGCUUCUUUGUGAUAUGGUUCGACUGUUUCGGGAAAAGGAUGCGACUUUGCUGGAGUUGAAUCCGCUGGUCAAGACUGCUGAUGGGUUCGUUUGUCUUGAUGCCAAGUUCGAGUUUGAUAACUCUGCUAGGUUCAGACAGGGUGAUAUCUUUGCUUGUGAGGAGGGUGGUGAUGAGCAGGAGGUGAGGGAUGCUGAGAAGUUGGGGCUUUCGUAUGUCAAGUUGGAUGGAAAUAUUGGGAAUAUUGUUAAUGGGGCCGGGCUUGCGAUGGCGACUAAUGAUUUGAUUACGCUGGUGGGUGGACGGUGUGCGAACUUCUUGGAUGUUGGGGGAGGCGCAACUAGGGAUGGCUUGGUCAAGGCAUUUAAGAUCUUGUGGGGAGAUGAAAGGGUGAAGGGGGUGUUGAUCAAUAUUUAUGGAGGUGAGUGUCACUCUCGAGAUGGAGAUACGUUGCUGAGACUGAUGUUUCCAGGAAUUGUGCGUUGUGAUAUGAUCGCCGAGUCAAUUAUCGCUGCUGCAAAAGACAUCGGGGGGUUCAAAAUGCCUGUAGUUGUCAGAUUGCAGGGUACGAAUUCUGAGAAAGGGCUCAAGUUGGUCAGUUGGCAGGAAUCUGGAAUUUCCAAGGUGAACUGA